GAUGCGAUUAGAACAAAUUUUUAAAAAUAAAUGAAAAGAUAUUUAUAAAAAAAUGCAUAAAAUCUAAAACGUCGGAGAAAAUUGUCAACAAAUAAAAGAUUAUCGAAAGUAAUCGUUCGCAAACAUAGUCUGUCAAUUUCAAGCAGUAAUUCAAACUAGUAUCAGUAUUCGAUGAUUUAAUACUGGAGUUCUUCCUGACAACUUUACUUUUUUUAAAUUCCAACUUAAAAUUAAUAGAAGUACAACAAUUUAAUUACAGGAGAUCGACAGUAGAGUUUAUGUACAAAUUAGUCGACGACAAAAGUUUCGCCCGCUGACUAUAUCGUUUAUUUUACGCUUUAUAAGGACAUUAAAAAAAGAUUAUAUUAUUAUCACAUACACUGUUCUUCGAUGCUUCGUUACUCAUAUUCAGCUUUUCUAUUUCUUUAAGUUUUCUGUUUUAAAUUGAUUAAAUACUAGAAACCAUUAAAAAAUUAGUCGAUGAGAGCAGCCUUGCGAACGUUUUGCCAUUCCACCAAACUACACCCCAUAAAUUGACAUAAGCACGAAGAGAAGAUAUUUUAUGUGUAGGCGUUGGUUCCCCACGUUUCACCCAAUCGAUUUUACCUGUAUUACGCAAUUGACCUGUGUCUCAUCAAUGAAAAUUCAUAUUUUGAGGUCACUACUUUGAUGCUCCACUGCAAAUAAAUGAAGUUUUCCGACUUCAGUUUUUGUUCAUUUGACUUUGGUUUGUACUCGAAUGCCAAACUUGCUAAAGAUAUAGUUCGAAAGUUGAUUAGAAGUUGCAGUUGGAUUUUUUGAGAUGUACUUGUCCAGUGACCGCUGUUGUUGUCCUCCAGUAAGGAAAGGUGGUCGACCUAAUCUUUCCUGUUCAGUUAAUAAUCCUGUUGCAUUUAAGCGAGCGAUAGCACGAUAAACGGUUCGGCGAUCACAAUCAAGUUGAGGUGCUAUUGUAUUGAAUGUCUUGUUUAGCUUUUGUGCUUCUUUCACCGCAAAUAAACAUUUCUCAUGUGUCAAAUUUCGAAUUUUUUAAUGGUUUCUAAUAUUUAAUCAAUUUAAAACAAAAAACUUAAAGAAAUAAAAAAGCUGAAUAUGAGCAACGAAGUAUCUAAGAACAGUAUAUGUGAUAAUAAUAUUAUCUUUUUUUAAUGUCGUUAUAAAGCGUAAAAUAAAUGAUAUAGUCAGCGUGCGAAACUUUUGUCGUCGACUAAAUAGUUUGUUGUAAUAAUUUUUAUUAAUUAUAAAACUUUAUUUUUCAAAAAGACAAAACAUGGAUUUCGAAUAGAAAAAUAAUAUUGAUAAGAAAUAAUAUCGGUUAUGCUAGAAUGAGUAUUUAUUCAAUAUCUUUCUUUGAAUUUUAUCUUGUCAAUAUUUUUAAUAUUAUCUAGAAUAGAAAAAAUUACUUUAUUUAUUUAUUUUUUCUUUAUAAAACAAAAUUCAGUGGACUAUGCAACAAAACGUACACCUGCUCGAAUUCUUAUUCUUAUAUGUAUUAUAUGGGCAACAUCCAUUAUUAUAUCAAGUGCUCAUCUAUUUCCUAUAUUUCGCGACAAACGUGGUCGUCCACCGGGUCAAUGUCAUUUAAUUGGCAAUGUACCAUAUACUAUUAUAUCCACAAUUGGAGCUUUUUAUAUUCCUCUUAUUGGUAUGUGUAUUAUUUAUUGGAAAAUAUUUCAAGCAGCUAAAUUUCGUAUACGUCGUAAAGCAUUUAAUUCCGAACGUUUAUUACCACCACCAUCUAGUAUAGGAGCAGGGGUAACAUCAACAUUAACUCAUAAUCCACAUGAUGUUUUAUUAUCUUCUGAAAUUCCAAUAUCAAAUCAUGAAAUAUCAUUGACAGAUAAAACUAAAUAUCAAUCAUUUUCUCCAUUACAAUCGAAAAGAAAUUUAAAAAAAAAUCCUCAUUUAUCUAAUCAUCAUCCAUUUGAUAUUGAACCAGAUACAUCAUCAACAAAUCAAUCUAAUAAUGAUUAUCAAUUAAAAAAACUAAAAAAGACUUCUUCUGCUUCUUCUUAUUUGAGAAAAAAACAUCAUAGUAUUAUAACCACAACAGGAAGAGCAACAACACCUAUUAUUCAAUUAUCUACAACAAAUCGUUUAAAACAAGAAUAUGAUGAAUUACAUAGAAUUAAUUCAACACCUUCACCUUCAUCAUCAACACGUCGUUUAACAACAUCAACAUGUCAUAAAGAUUCACCAUUAGCAGCCAAUAGAAUAAAUCAUUCAUUAGUAAUAUCAAAUUCUUAUCCAUCAGAUUCAACACAUACUAUUGAUAUAUCAACAAUAAAACCAAUAUCAAAAAUUUGUUUAACUAAUACAAAUAAUACUAAUUCUCAUAAUAAUAAUAAUAAUAAUAAUAAUAAUAAUAAUAAUAAUAAUAAUAAUAAUAACAAUAAUAACAAUAAUAAUAUAACAAUCGUAGCAAAAUCUCCAAGUACAGUAUCACGUAAGAAAAUUGAUAUUAAACGUGAACGUAAAGCAACUAAAGUUCUUGGUGUUGUUAUGGGCUGUUUUAUAUUAUGUUGGUUACCAUUUUUUAUUGAAGAAACAAUAUGUGGUUUAUUUCAUUUAACAAUAAAUGAAAAAAUUAUUAGUGUUUUAACAUGGCUUGGAUAUUUAAAUAGCCUUUUAAAUCCUGUGAUUUAUACAAUAUUUUCACCUGACUUUCGACAAGCAUUUGGAAAAAUUUUAUUUGGAAAAUAUCGUAAAAGAAGACGAACAAAGAAAUAA